AUGAACGAAAUAAAGAAGCUAAAAGCGCAAAUCGCGUGGUGUAAAGGAUUUACAACUAAAAUAGAGAAACUUUUAAACGAACCGGACAAUCCUUUAGAUCAAGAAUCAGCAAUAAUCAGAUUAGAACAAACUGAAGCAAACUUGAAAAAGUACAAUGAAUUGACACUGGAACUAGCCAUAUUAACAGAAAAGGAUUCAUAUGAAGACUUUGAAGAUCAAGAUGAUCACGAGGAGCGAACCAUAAAAAUCAUCUCUCGCUUACGAAAGAUUACCUCAAAAACGCCCACAACCAAUACGUCGUCGUCAUCGUUAAAAACAAAAGUGGAGGACACGGACGUAACCAGCUAUCAUGGUGGAGUGCGGUUGCCGGAGAUUGACAUCCCUACGUACGACGGGAAGGAUUACACGAAAUACGUCGCUUUCAUCGAGCUCUUCGAUGCGAUAAUAGACUCCAGUGACAAGUUAAAACAAGUCCAAAAACUAUAUUACUUGAAAAAAUACCUGAAAGGUGAAGCGUUAUCGUUAAUUGAAGGUCUUCCAUUAACCAAUGAAUCAUAUGUUAAAGCCAGAGAGCUAAUUAAAUUGCGGUAUGACAAUAAGUUUCUAGUAGUAACAAAUCAUAUCCAAGCUAUAAUAGAUAGCACACCCAUUGCAAAAGGUUCUGCCAGUAACCUGCGCGACCUGGUGGCUAAUACUCGUCAGCAUCUAGGUGCCCUUAAGGCCCUAGGUCAGCCAAUAUACCAGUGGGACUUGAUUGUACUAACUAUUAUCUUAAAAAAGGUGGAUCAGUUUUCAUGCAGAGCCUAUCAUCAGGAACGGGACAGUGACAAGAUGCCAAAUCUCGAAGACUUCUUGUCAUUUGUGGAGAGAAGAGCCAGCAGCUUUGAAGAAAGCCAACAAAGUGAAGACCGUGACCUAUGGACAAAAAAAAUCGAGUUUCCUGGCGACAAGAUGCUUAGAGGAGCUGGCAGCAAGGUAUGAGGCAGAGCUUCCUAAAGCAGCAGAGGUGGUCCGCACUGCAAUGUACGUGAAUGAUGCCCUCUUCGGAGCAGACUCCAUCAAAGAUGCAUUGGAGGUAAGAGACCAAUUUACUGAUUUGCUGUCUCAUGCAGAUUUUCAUCUGCACAAGUGGUCAGCCAAUGAUCCCAAACUGCUAACUGGUAUCUCUCCAGAAUCAUGCUACGCUGAUGAUCACAGCUCUCCAUGAAAACUGAUCUCAAAGCCUUAGGCAUGGUAUUUUACCCCAAUCAAGAUGUUUUCAAAAUUAAUUAUCCCAACAAAGACAUACAACAUUGGGACAAACGCUCAAUUCUUAGUUUCAUUGGGUCCUUUUUUGAUCCCUUAGGGCUG